AUGUCAACAUCAACGGAAGCCUUCUCCUUCAACUCCCAGCAACUUCGGCUACCAACCCAGCAACCGCAGCAACUUUUUGGUCAAUUUCCGUUGCCACAAACACCCAACACUCCAUUGUCUCCACAACAGGUUAACUUUAAUAUUAUUCAAGCCCUACUGUUAAGGCAGAUUUAUGCCAACAGUGCUGCUUUGAACAAAAAUGGUGCAGAUGGUACUAGUCCUGUUAGUACAACAUCACCAGUAGUACUAAAUGAAGUGGUAGAUGUUAAACCAAGUCGACCAAAGAGAGGACAGUAUCGGUGAGUUUUGGGACUGUAAGAAUGAGUGUUUUGUUGUUGUUAUUGGUCAAAAAUGAUCAAAAAAACUUUGGCAGGGGUAAUUUUAAUUAGAAGGGUAGAAAGUGUGAGGGAGGGGGGUAGUGGGGGAAGGGAAAGGAGUAGGUAAAAUAAAAAAAACUUGAGAUUCUAAAUCUAUUUACAAUAAAAAAUCAUGGGUAAGUGUAAGUAGGGUAGGGUAUGGUACGAUAGAGUAGGGUAGAAUAGAGUAGGGGAGGGUAGAGACGGGUAGCAUAGGGCUAGUAGGGUAAAAUAAGGUGUAAGGUAAGGAGGAUAGGCUCAGUUAAUGUACGAUGAAAUAUAGUUGCAAUAAAAAUUUUUAGAAUAUAAAGAAAAAUAAAAAAAAUUUCUUACCCCUCCCCCAACUCAAAAAAAAAAUUUUUACUUCGCCUGCUUAAAAAUGAAAAAAAUGAUUCAGCUCAACUUAAAAAAUAUUUUUAAUUUCCCUUCUCCCGCCCCUUUUUUUUCACCCCCCCCUCCCCCCCCACCUCCUCUUUUUUUUUACCUCCUCUUGCCCUAUUCCUCACCCUCCAAACAAAAUUAAAUGCCAUUUUACAUUAUACGUUAAAAAACUUUCAGCCGCUACGACAAGAGCGCCCUAGAACAAGCAGUUCAAGCCGUCCGAUCAGGUGAAAUGUCAGUUCACCGUGCCGGCAGCUUCUUCGGCGUGCCACAUUCAACCCUAGAGUACAAAGUUAAAGAACGUGCCAAGAAGUCAUCACAGUCAUCGUUUGAUGACAACAAAUCGCCCAGUUUUUCCAACUUUUCACCAAGUUUUAAAAUGCCUGAGGCUAGAUUGAAGUUGCCUGAGGGUAGAUUUAAAAUGCCAGAGGGUUAUUUGAAAUCGCCUGAGGGUGUAGUUAAAGUGCCUGAAGCUAAUUUGAAUAUGAUGAGUGAUAUUCAACUACAAGAGAUUCAUAACAACUUCAGAAGGAUUCUACUCACAUUUGCUGCUAAUCAAGUAAGAACGAUGGAGGAGAGCAAGGAACAGUGA